UACACCUAGUUUUAGUACGUAAGUACCCACAUUUAUACACCGGUGCAAAGUGAUUGAUAAAAAUUUUAUCAUUUUUCAACCAAUCCGAUACUCGUAUGUGAUAAAAUAGUUGUCGCAUUUAUAAAUUAUAGGCGUUACCUGGAGCUUCAGCUAGCAUAUAGGAAUACAGUAUAUACACGGCCGUAUACCUACCAUACCUACACAGUCGGUGGAACACGAACGGAACGAUCAAGCACACACAUCAGGCUCUCUCGCUUGCGCUCGCAUCAUCGUCGUCGUCGUCGUCGGUCGUCGUCACAGAGAGGAGCAAUAGAGGUGGUGUAGGUCGUAGUAGUGUGUGUUGCGCGUGCAAAGAGAGUCUACGGACUACGAAGUAGGUACGAGAACGACGUCGACGAGGAAGAGGUUGAGAAAGUGCGCGCGGCUUCCGAGAGAGAGUAUACAACCAGAGUGGUCCCCCCGAUCAUUGUGUGGAUAGUAACGUGAUUGCUAUUAUUAUUGUUGUUAAUAUACGUUAGUCGAGUAAAGCCUCCAGGAUGAACGACAGGGAGGACAACGUCUACAAGGCCAAGCUUGCCGAGCAAGCCGAACGAUACGAUGAGAUGGUCGAGGCGAUGAAGCAGGUGGCUUCCAUGGACAUGGAGCUGACGGUAGAGGAGCGAAAUCUCCUGUCGGUGGCUUACAAAAACGUCAUUGGGGCGCGACGAGCCUCAUGGCGGAUCAUCUCGAGUAUCGAGCAGAAAGAAGAGGCCAAGGGCGCAGAGGAGAAGCUCGAAAUGAUUCGCCAGUACCGCGCCCAGGUUGAGAAGGAGCUCAAGGACAUCUGCGCCGAUAUACUCGGCGUACUCGAGAAACACCUCAUCCCAUCCGCGUCGUCCGGCGAGUCCAAAGUUUUCUAUUACAAAAUGAAGGGCGAUUACCACCGCUACUUGGCCGAAUUCGCGAUCGGCCAGGACAGAAAGGAGGCCGCUGAGAACUCGCUCGUGGCGUACAAAGCAGCAAGCGACAUUGCCAUGACGGAGCUACCGCCGACCCAUCCGAUUCGCCUCGGGCUAGCGCUCAACUUUUCCGUAUUCUACUACGAGAUUCUCAACAGCCCCGACAGAGCCUGCCGCCUGGCGAAGGCAGCCUUCGACGAUGCCAUCGCGGAGCUCGAUACCCUCUCCGAGGAGAGCUACAAAGAUUCGACGCUCAUCAUGCAGCUGCUCAGGGACAAUCUUACCUUAUGGACUGCGGAUAUGCAGGGCGAGGGUGAAGGCGAGCAAAAAGAACAGCUGCAGGAUGUGGAAGACCAGGAUGUAUCGUAACUCUAGUUGCAGUGAGUGUUUUAAAGUAAACGCGCAUACACAACAAAAAAACAUACGAGACGGGAUGAUGAUGAUGAACAACAACCAACAAACUCUUAAUAAUUAUUAAGCAAAUAAAUAAAAAAAAUAAAUAAAAUGAAAAAUCAAUUCAGUAAAGAAGCAGGAGGUUGGGGUGGGAUCGGGGGUAUACAGGGGAAGGGAGGGAGCGAGCGAUGCGAGGUCUGUAGCAAUUUUUUUGCGUGACCCUCUUAAUAAUGUUUACGCACGUACGGUUACUCCAAAAACUACAAAACCGCUAUUAUAAAUGGAAAAGAAAAAAAAAUUCAUCCAAUCACACAUGUUGAGUUACGGAGCACGCAGAAAUGGAAAGCAAAAAAAAAAAAA